ACUUCCAGACCAGCAGCCGUCCAGUUCGGAGUCACUGCAUCCACUACGAGCUCGCAGGUCUAUAAUAAUAGACACCUAUCCGGACGAGCGUCGCGGCCAUUUCCGAUAAGUACAGUCUUUCUGUCGUAGGAUAAACCCGCAAACAUAUCGCGAUGGGCGUGGGCUACGAUAGCGACGAUAACACCGUUGAAGAGUGUCCGCUGGCCGACGGCCUGCGAUUAGUGGCCAAACAGGAAUUGCGCGAGGAUGACAUCAUCAGGACGCACUCGUUGAGAGCAAUGCGAAACUGGAUAAGGAAACACCCGGACAUCGUCAACUGCCGCACAGAUGCACCAUUCCUGUUGAGGUUUUUAAGAACAAAAAAAUUCAGCGUUCCCAUGGCUCAAGACAUGCUGGAACGGUACCUCGUCAUCAGACAACUGUACCCACAGUGGUUCUCCAAACUAGACGUCGACGACCCGGUCAUAUCCGACAUACUAGACAGCGGAUACCUAGUGCCGUUGCCAGGCCGAGACGAAUUCGGCAGGUGCGUAAUGUUCUCGUGCGCCGGCCGUUUUGACCCGUACAAGUACACGUCGGCGGACAUGGCCCGCGUGCAUGCGCUAAUCGGCGAGAGCCUUAUGGACGACGCCGAAAACCAGAUCAAAGGCUACAGUUAUGUUAACGACGAGUCCGGAUUGCUGAUGGGACACAUGACGCUGUGGUCGUUCUCCGACUUAAAACGCAUCAUACGGUGUUUGCAAAGUUCGACACCUAUGAGACACAAGUCCACGUACUUCAUAAACGUCCCGAACUUCGCGGACAAGUUUUUCACGGCUACGGUUUCGUUUUUAAACUCCAAGCUCAAGAGCCGUGUUAAGUUCUACAGCGGUCAAAAAGACAUACAGAAAUUCAUCGAUCCAAAAUACCUACCGAAGGAGUACGGCGGUGAAAUACCCUUGGCCACGAUGAUAGUCGAGCUGAAGAAGAAACUCCGCGCCAAACGUGAAAUGUUAAUGGCCCUAGAUGACAUGAAAAUCAACGUCAACGGAAAAGGAAAAAUAAUUAGUGAAUUCGACGAUAUGCAAAAAGAACUAACCGGAUCAUUCAGAAAAUUGGAAGUCGAUUGAUGCGUACUUUUAUUAAUUUUAAUUUUUUAUUGUUACCAUAAUAUUAUUGUAUAUCCAUUACCACCAUUCGUGAAGAUUUUAUUUGUUUUAUAAUGUUUAGUAUUAUUUUUUCCUUUUAAUAAAGAACCAUUAUAGGUAUCAACAAAUUUCAUAAAAUUUUAUUGUCUUAAUUUUGCUGUUAAAUUACACAUGUUGUCACUAGUAGUAAUUAAAAAAAAUGUACAUAAAC